CAACUUUCGGACGGAUUAGCCUUGAGAUUUGGAAUGUCCUUGAUCGCGGGGGUAAAAUGAAUCAAGAGAAAUUAAUUGAUCCUUGCGUCUCAUCUGUAGUUAUGACAAUUUAAUGAUAUCGUGACUCAUCCUUCCUGUAAGCUUUCUCACUCAUAAUGGACCAUGCGCAAAGUACGAGCGAACAUACGAAUAUGGAGUUCGUGAGGCAAUCGUACAUUGCCCGUAAUACACUUUCUCAGGGGGUGUCAUGGAAAUAUCAAAAAUUCUGGCUACUAUAGACUCUCCAGUGUAGAGCUGAAACAAACGAAAUCUGACAUGGACUCCCCGCCAUCAUGUUCGCUAAGCGCUGGGCCUCUCAGUGAUCUUGGUAGCAGUGGCCUGGGGGGUUCGAUUUCCAGCGAUUCCGUUAGAGCGCAUCUUGCGAUGGAGAUGCAGGAGAGUGACUUAGAGAGCAAGUCUCUAUCGCAAGAUUCUUUUGAUUAUUCGGAUGGUAUGUGCGGCGAGAAUUUCAACACCUUGAAGAAGGGCCCAGGCUGGGGCGAUGCAGACGGCAAGUUGGAAGUCGAGGUGGUCGACGUGGCGAUCAAGCCACCGCCAGAAUUUCAGGAUAGUCCAUCGCCACCGGACUCGGAGUCUUCGUCGGUGCCGAUUCUGAACUACGCGCGAUUAAUGAGACGCCGAGCGCCGCGUUGGAUCGACGACUUUGCUGAGAAUCUGGUGCAGUCGGUGAUAGAGGAAGCGCUGGCAAUCUCCUGUCGCAUCUCCUGGCCGGAAGGAAGGAUCGCGCCUAUUAUAAAUCCGGUCUCGGUGGUGAUCCGGUCCCAACAGACCAAUCCUAAACGCAUGUGGGAUCUAAUGACGCCGCCAGUAUGCCAGGGCGCUGCUACCAUCACUAUUACUCCAUACAAUACGCUGAACCGGCCAAACUCGCGCUGCUCGCUAGCCUCCUCACGAUUGUCCAGCUCGCACAAUUCUAUCAACACUACUGGGCUUGGCCACAAGGCUGACGAUAGCAGCUUCAUUACAUCCGCGAUGUCGCACGACGUGUUGACCACAAGUGAGAUUAGCGACAUGUACAAUGUACCCUUUGACUCAGACAUUUACACAGUGCCGAUCGAUGUGGUGCGGCCGCUGCACGAUCUGCGAACGCCGCAGAGGCCUAAACGGCACCGGCAUCAUCGCAAAAGACGACGAAACGUUUCUGCGAGUUCGCAAAGCGAGCUGGAAGCACAUAUCCAGCAGGCACGUCAUUAUUGUGGUAAAUCCCGUGCCAUCACACAUGUUAUCAAAUCGCAGCGUUUGCUGGCUGAUGUGUGCUGUAAUGACGGCAACCCCGGUGUCGGCGGUGCCGGCGGUGCCGGUGGUGGUGGUUGUGGUGCUGGUGGUGUUAGCAGCAGUGGAAAUGCUGGCGGAGGUAGUGGUAGUGGUAAUGGUGGCGGUAAACGACACAGCGUGCCGGGCACUUCUGGUCGCCACGGAGUCAGAGCAUCGAACGGACAUGCACAUAACAUCGGCGAGCCGAUACACAUGACCUUGCAUGAGGUACGACAGUACCUACAGACGUUGUAUUCGAGCUCUAGCGAUUCUAGCGAGAAUAAGAUCAAACGGGAUAAGGCUCCUCUGCUAUGUCAUACGCCAGUGCAUCUCGCCGCGACGCCCAAGGCUCUCAGUGUAAAUAAUAAUAAUAGGUAUAACAGUAAUGCGCACACGGACUCGUCCACGGACACGCCAGUGUCCAACAAGAGCACUAGUAACGGCCUGAUGAUCCACCAUCAUAAUAACAACAAUAACAAUCAUAACAAUAAUAACUCUAAUAAUGUAAAGAAACACAAGAGGAACGCUUUCGUCGGUAUUAGGCACAAGAAGGCGCGCGAUGAAUCGCAUAAGGAGAAGAGCGAAUCUGAGCGAGAGAAAAUGAAGAAGAGUCAGCGUAAUUUUUCACUGAAUCUGAAGCAGACUCUUUGUAACAUCUUCCGAUUUCGACGACUAGGCUCUCCGGAUCACUUUGUGGAGAAACGGAAUAGUAUCGUGCAGGGAGAGAUCGUUGAGGAGGAAGAAGGCGUUGAUUCCGACCAGCACACAAAUAAUAACAACACUGCUCCGUCUGAGGUAGAGCCGUCCGCCCAGAAGCUGCCAUUCUUCAAGCGCGCUCUGCCACCUCUACCCAAGAGCAAUAGUCAAGUAGGCGUAGAGCAGGCGGAGGAGGCCCUUACGGCAAUGGCGCCUAAAUGCGAGUCUCCGAACUCGGUGCAGCAGCAAGUUCCGCCGCCUAUCGUGCGACCGGAAGAAGAUGCUGCGGAGGACACGAGUAUGGAUUUUGCAGCUAGUAUUGAGAAAGUGAAAGAUUACGGAUGGUAUUGGGGACCUAUAUCCGGUGAGGCGGCGGAGAAAAUACUGUCCAACGAACCGGAUGGCUCGUUCAUUGUGCGAGACAGCAGUGACGAUCACUACAUAUUUUCCUUAUCAUUCAGACUCAACAGUUGUGUGCGACACGUAAGGAUAGAACACGAUCAGGGUAAUUUUAGCUUCGGCAGCUGCACGAAGUUCAAGUCGCACACCAUCGUUGACUUUAUCGAGAACGCGGUCGAGCAUUCGCGCAGUGGUCGCUAUCUCUUCUUUCUGCAUCGACGACCGGUUUUGGGUCCCAUGCGAGUACAGCUGCUUCAUCCGGUGUCACGCUUCAAACAAGUACAGAGCCUGCAACAUACGUGCAGAUUCGUCAUCCUGAAGAUGGUGCGCAGGGAUUUGAUCCCGACCUUGCCGCUACCCCGGCGGCUCAUCGACUAUCUUAGCACGCCACAUUAUUAUAGCGAGCAGUUGGCGGCCGAACAGGAUGAUCGAGCCGAGUCGCCGGUUAGUUCGUCAACCGGUGAACUGGAGAAGAUCUGCUUCACGCCGCAGGGUCUCUCGUGAGGUAUAGCUUUGUGACUUUUCCCUCCUUCUCCGCUCCGCUCUCCGUGCAAAGAGAUACUUGCGCCAAACGUCGCCCGCGGCGUUAACGUAAAUUUAAUUCGCGGUUUAAUUAAAUUUUCGCAACAUGUAAAAAUUUACAUCGCCGUUUGAUACAGAUUCCGUUGAUGUGCAGAAAUUUAAUAGGUCGCUGAAUUAAAUUUCGGCUUAAUAUAAUGCCGAAUUUCAUUUGUAGUUGUAUUAAAAUAUCAUGCUGAUACACAGUAAUUUAUUUCGCAAUUCAAUUAAUUUUUUGUUUACAUUUUAAUAUCUGUUUUGAUCGAGUUCAGUGCGUAAGAACUCGAUUUCUUGACUUAAUUAAAUACAUGUUGAGAAAAAUUUAACAUUUGCUACUGAAUUAAAUUUUGAUUAACAUAAAGGAAUUUAAAUGAUAGUUAAAUUGAGUUAUGGUUAAUGCGCGGAAAUUUAACUGAUGAUCAAGUUAAAUUUUCACAUGCCGAAAUUUAAUUCGUGAUUUAAUUGGAUUUUUGUUAUUGUCGAUGGCAUAAUGUACGGUUAAUAAUUUUGCGCUUGUGAUUUUGACUUUGUCGAUUUAUGGCGUAUCGAUUCGUAAAGUGAGUAUUGUGAUUAAACUUGAAAGUAGAGGAAUAUAUAGAAAAAUUUCCGUGUGCACUAUAUAUCUAGAGCUGCAAGUUAUGGUCGUCUCAAGUUAUUCAAUUUGAUUGUCGAGGGAAAGGAAUCGCAAUUCUAUUCCGUUUCAAUAGAAGUCGAUAUUGCAUAUUGCAAUAUUCGUUCGAUGUACGUGCUAGGCUGAGACGUUUUGAGCUAAGAGAGUUUUUUUUCUUCGAGUAAACGUAAUUCUGCAGCUUGCAUCGAAGCCUAAAUAUAAAACUGUUUGCGGAAUCAACCGCAUCAUAAACCAAAGUGGCUAAUUGAGGGGAGAUUCGCGACGAAAUCAUUUCUUAAUCUCUCAUCAAAUGUUACCUAACGAUCACAUCUCCGUUGUUAAUUUUUGCAGUACAACUUUAGCAAAGAUGAGACGCGCGCCGUGACCGAGCUGAGCGUAAACAAAUUCUGUAUAGUCCUUUCUAGUUCAGUUCCUUUUUAUCGACUAUAACGAAUGGCAAGAUUACAUGUGACAUAAACCACGCACAAAAUAUCCGUUUAUACGUACACAUAUAAGUACAUAUAUAAAUAUACAUACACGCGUAUAUAUAUCGAGGGCAGAGAGAGAGAGAGAGAGAGAAAGAGAGAGAGAAAAAUGAACACACGUACAUACACAUGGUGAUCGGAUGCAAACUUUUUGCGUGCCAUACUUGCCAUUUUCAAGUUUACACAAAUUAACAUUGAUAUUUUGUGGUAACGUUGAAGAUUAUAUUUAGCCUUUAUUCGUUGCAGCCGUGCUUCCUGUUAAAUUUGAUAGUAUAUAGAACAUAUCUUGUAAUUCUUCAUUGUCUUUGGAGUCGAUUUGAUUGAUUUAAAUUGACUAAUUGCUGAAAGAUCAAAUCAACAAGGUGAAAACAUAUGACAAUGCGAAUCGCAGUUUGUGAAAUUCUUGAAUUUUUCUUUUACGAAUCGAUUACGCGAAACCAUUGAAAGUUCUCGAUUGUAAAAACUCUCACAAAUAUAUAUAACCAACGACAAUUCUGGCAACAUAUAAAGGAUAGCUAAAAUUGCAAUGCGCAAUUCGAAUGUUGCAUGAUUUCUCGUUCGUUUAAAUAAUCAAUUUAAAAUUUUAUUUAAUUGAUAUAGAAAGGAAAGUAGUAAAACGUUAGUGACUGGUGCUAUGCGAAAUUGUGCCCUUCGUUUUCGUAUGCGAUUAAGAUAAUCGCGCGUUUAUUUUUGUGCUCAAAUAAGUUUGAAACACAGCGUCGUGUAAUAACAAUCAUCGAAAUUAAUCAGAUUCUAGAUGAUAUCGCAAUUCUAGUUAUAUUUUUAUAUUGUUUUAAAUUUUUAUUGUAUACAUGAUUUUGUUUGAAUUAUUAUUUGUAAAAUUAAUCACUUUUAAAAAUUAUUUUUAAAAGUUAUAAAAAAAAGUGACACAAACUUUCUCUGCAAGCUUUUUCGGAAGUAGAUACUCAUUCCGACCAAUUUUCAUAUUUCAAUGUUCCCUAGAGCUUAAAACAAUGUGGCAUUAGUAUUGCUAUAGCUCUUCCAAAGGAAAAUUUCUUGUUACAAGUUGUAGCUGAAAAUCGUGAAGAUACGUUCAUCGCUAUAUAGUUCCCCUUUCUCAUUCUUUCACAACAUUCACCGAUAUCGAGGAGUGGUUCGUGUUGACUGAUUUAUUACUUCGAGUGAUGCAAAGUGAACACGAUUACGUUUGUCUAGGAAGUGUGUCGCUUGAAAUUCUGUUUUUGCGCUUUGAUAAAUUCGCAGAACACAGUACGCACACAUAGAUACCACACGCGCAGACACGCAUACAUGAACAAAUUUUGUACCCAGUAUCCACCAGGUAGAUUUUGCAAUACGAUUACUAUUAAUAUUAACGAGAUCGUCCAGGAGGACUAUGGCGAGUCCUGCAUGGGGUUUGUAAGGCAUGUGCGUAUAGUUAAUAAUGGUACCACAAUACCUCACAGUCACAGAGGGAGGUAUACGUAUAUAGUGCAGAAUUAGUAAGGUUUUAUAACGAGCGUAUUUACAUCGGCAUAAGUUGCACACAUCUCACACACACAACACAGACACACGCGCACACGACAGACGUGUGAUUUCAACUACAAGGAAAUUCUAGUUGUAAGGGAGCGUGAGCGUCUUAUUUGAUAAGAUUAUGUGUUAAGGGUCAGUUGCAUUAACAGGCUUAAUUAAUUGACGCGCGACAACAGAUGGUAAUCCGAGCUAGUAGCGAAUUAAGAGACGAACCUUCGAUUAACUGCGUUAACUUAUGUUAAUUUUAAGUUUAUUUAACUAUCGUAACUUAGUUGAUUUAAACUGAUUUAAAUUAAAUUUAAUUAAGUUUCAAUCUUGUUUUAUCAAUCUAAGUCAACUUAAUCGAGUUGGUUUAAUUUAAAUCGAUUUAAAUUAAUUCAAGUUAAAAUUCCGAUUGGCGCUAACGUUAGUGCAAUCGUCUCUGAGAUUUAAUUGUACCUUGAUUAAUUAACUCUCUGUAAAUCAUAGUCUUAGCCAGUAAUAUAGAUAAGAGAGAGAGAGAGAGAGAGAGAGAGAGAGAAAGUUUAUUUAAUUACAAAUAUUAAUUAAUGUUUUCGUUAGCUGCAGUUGAUGCAACCGGCUCUAAGAAAUUAAUUGUAAGAGAAACAUAGCGUUCUGCGCCAAGCGGGAGAGGCCUCCAAGGCUGCAGCGUGUCGGAGCUAAAUAUAGCAAUUGGAAAAGAGACUAUUGUCAAGUGUGCAAUAUUAAUCGAAGUAUAUUUAAUGACAUUUUCUAAAAUAAUCACUCGAGAUUUGGAGGACAAAGAACAAAAGUCGAGUUUAAUGCAAAAUACGGCACGCUCACAGCCCAGGAGAGGCUCGCAAAGGUAGCUCAAGUCUCCGUCUCCGAUUGUCGAUUGCGUGAUUAGGCGACGGGAAGUGUAUGUGUCAAACGUUUUUGUAUAUUUGUAACAUUUUCGUCGUCGUCGCGCGCGCGAGCACGCGCGACGUCGUAAGGAGGGAUUGCUUUUGAAUGUACACUUCUUCUAGCGAAAUGUGAUAUUACUGAUAAACGGACGCGGCCACAAUAUUAGAUCUGUCUCGCGACAAGCGAAACACUGCAAACGUUAAACGAAUCGAGCGUUCAUAUACAGACUGUCCCGGCACUGUUGCGUACUUUGCUCUCGAUUUUCCGACUAGCUCGCAAUGAAUCUUUAAAGCGUGAUAUCGGCGUGAUAUCUUGCAAGUGAAAUGAAGCUUCCGAUCCUGGUUGUGAAAAAUGUGGCAAAUUCAUUCGGAGGCCCGAUCGAGAUCGGACAAAGAUUCGAUUAUCGAUCGGUGUUACUAUCGCUUGGCACAGAAUGUAAAAUGCAUCCUCUCUCGUAUGCCAAAGUAUGCAGCUGUACCCAGAGUACAACAUCUGUGUAUUUUCGUUCGGUGUUAAAUACGUAAUUUUGCGAUUGUUUUUGAAUUAUGUUUUUAGAUAGGUAUAUACGCAAAAUUUGGCACAGAAAUUAUUGAGGGAUUAUAUAUAAGAAAAGGGAUCAAAGAAUUAAGAUUAACCCUAGAAAGCUAACUAUUUUUUUUUUUUUUUUUUAAGUUGUUUGUAACCAUAUGCUUCUCUGAGGCGUAUAUUCGAGAACGGGCAAAAAAUAUGCGAAAAUUUACUUCUUACAUUGACUUAAAUUACUGAUCUAAUUGACUAAUCUAAAAUGUUAGCAUAACUUUAAAAUUUAGAAAAUCUGAUUUUCAGGAAAUCGUGAAAGAUUUUCAAAUCUUUUCAAUAUUCAGGACAACCCGAAUGUGAACAUAUACGUCUCAGAGAUGUAUGUACAAAUAGUGUCCUAGGGUUAAAAAGAAACGUACAAGAUGUUGUACUUCGGCUGUACGAAACAGGUACAUUGAAACCUUAUUAUUUACAUAUAAUUGCCGAAUGCUAGUCACAAAUACUGCUUUUUCAGUUGGAUUUCAGUAUUGUUUAUUAAUAAAAUAUCAAUUCACGUGCGAAAUCUUGUAUUUAUUCUUAUUGACGUUUUAAUCCAAGUAAAAAAGGAAGAGAGUGAGAAGGAACAAAUUGCAAAGGUCUGAGUACAAGGAACAAACACGUUCAUUUGCUAAAGCAUUGAAUGAAAGUAAAGAGAAUUAAACUUUAAAUUUUCGGUAGAUAUUUCGAGCCUUGUCAAAUUGGCUCUUUUGAUAUUUAUACAUGUUAUCUAGACAUGACUAAGCAUCGAUAAAGCUCGAAAGAAAUAAAUAUGCUCGAUCAAGAGUCGAUAAUUUCGAAGCGUGGACUUGUCUGAUCCUUGAAAUCAUACCCGCAAUUCGAUCGCAAAGAUCAUCUACUGUAUACGCGACGAGGUGUAUUGAUUUAUUUCUUCUAGUCUAAUUGCAGGGUGUUUUACAUAAAGUGACUCGGCGUCUAUCCGCAAAAAAAAACAAUAAUAAAAAAGGAAUUUGCUACAGAAUUUCUGGAAAAAGAUUUCGAAAAGAUUUCAAUGUCUUUAGGAUUCAAAGAAGAAUCUUUCCUUUCAAAUAAAUCGUUCGGCUACUCGGAGUGGGUCACUUUAAGUGGGACACCCUGUAUGUCUUUGUCACCAAGUUCGAUUGUUAUCAGAGCGGAAUGUGCACGAUAAUCAAUCUGCUGCGGACUUCUUGAUUUUUGUAAAUACGAUGCGGCAAUACACGUUCUGGAAUUUCUAUCAGGACCGUGCCGACGAUCUCUCGAUCGGCACUCGCGUAAUUCCAUAAAUGUAAAAGUAAGAUAACUGACUGCAAGAGCAAUUCCAUUUUUAUAAUUUGGUUCUAACAAAAUUAUGAAUCUUUUAAAACGAGUUUUUCAGUGAAAGAACCACUACUCUGCUUGUUUUCAUUACACACAUCUUUGUAAAAUAUUAUAAAUAUAUUUAUUUAAUCUGUAUUUCUCUUUGAAUAUUAAAGAACAUUUAAAUACAUUAAUUGAUAAUGCGUUUUCGCCGAUAUACAUUUACAUGCGAAUAAUGUAACACCAUAUGCGAAUGUGAUAAUUACUUUAACAUCGCCGUAGGGUAAUUUGUGGGAUCAGUUGAUAAUUUUAAAUACUAAUAUAUGUAUAUAUAUGUAUAUAUAUGUAUAUAUACAUAUAUAUACUUAACGUCAAUCACGCACCCGAACACAAGAAACGAAUCCUGUCCUUCGUUAUCGGUUUGUCACAGUGAAAUGUGUGGUACAUGUAAGCGUAUGAGAUAAUCGCGUAUGUAUUUGAUUACCCAUGUUUGUACUGCAAUGUUGAAAAUAAACAUUUUUUGAGA